UUCUUGCUCUGUGUUUUCUUCCCUUUUCUAGAUCUCUCCUUGACCUUGUUCUUGGUAUUUUCACAACCAACUUCUUCUUUUCUUGUCUCCCUUUCUUCCCGUCUUCAUCUGUUUUUUUAUAAAUAGUGGCUAGCCUAACUGAUCUUACAGCACCAAAAUCCCUCGCUGUUUCUCUCUGUUCUGUUUUUUCCGAUCAAUUAUGGCCGAAGUUGAUUGUCGGAGCAAUAAAACUGAUAUGGUUCCCGGUGGCAAUACGCCAUUAAAGCUCUUUGGCUUUAAUAUUUUACAGAACGAAGCUCUGGAUAGUGAUUCAACCAAAAAUUCAAAUGGAUGGACAUCGGAGCCAGAGACUGAUGCAGUAGCACGUAAAUACGAGUGCCAGUACUGCUGCCGGGAGUUUGUGAAUUCUCAAGCCUUGGGUGGCCAUCAGAACGCUCACAAGAAGGAAAGACAACUACUGAAACGUGCACAACAAAUGCAAGCCAGUCGUGGAUUUGCCUCCCUGCACGUUCAGAAUUCCAUGAUCUCGCCUUUUGCUCAGCCUCCGCACCUGUUUGCCCCCGCGGUGGUUGCGCCAGCGCCUUACCCUUCGUCCUUUUAUGUGUCACAUGGUAGCUCGGCGGCUCCGUUACAUGUGCUGCAUGGCGGAACGUAUCUUUGUGGGAAUGGACCGGGAAGGCGUGUCUAUGCUGGAGAAGGGGGAGAGGCUCUGGCGGGUGAUAUCAGGGUCCAUGCAGGGGUGUUUCCGGCGGAGAAGAGGUUCGCCGGAGACGGUGGGCGUGAGAUUGAAAAGGGGUUGGGGUUGGAUUUGCACCUUAGUCUUGGCCCGGCAGUGCCAUGAUUUGUUUAUGGGUUAUGGUUUUGUUUGGGUCACUUUGAUGAGCAAAAAAAGGCAAUUAAAAAUGUGCAUUUUGC